CGCUCGUGGGCCCGGGCGGAGCUGCGCAGUCCUCUCGCAGCUGCGCCAGGACAGGCGGCUCGCGGCCGUGCCCACAAGUUGCCGGCAGCCGAGCGCCGCGCCGCCUCCCCCCGCUCGCAGCCCCCCAGCGCCCACCCCGCGGCGGUCGCCGGCCCCUGGAAGCACAUCCCGCGGACGCCCACCCCAGAUGUGAAGCGGCACCGCAGCCCCUCGCCCCCCAGCCCCUCGCCCCCCGGCGCCAUCGACAGAGUCUCGCCAGCGUCUCCUCUGCCAGACCCCGCGGCUGGAAGAUGUGGCAGCCGGCCACGGAGCGCCUGCAGCACUUUCAGACCAUGCUGAAGUCUAAGUUGAAUGUCCUAACACUGAAAAAGGAACCUCUGCCAGCAGUCAUUUUCCAUGAGCCUGAGGCCAUUGAGCUGUGCACCACCACGCCCCUGAUGAAGACCAGGAAUCACAGUGGCUGCAAGGUGACCUAUCUGGGUAAGGUCCCCACCACAGGCAUGCAGUUUUUGUCAGGCUGCACAGAAAAGCCGGUCAUCGAGCUCUGGAAAAAGCACACGCUAGCCCGAGAAGACGUCUUUCCAGCCAAUGCCCUCCUGGAAAUCCGACCGUUCCAAGUGUGGCUCCAUCACCUCGACCACAAAGGGGAGGCCACGGUGCACAUGGAUACCUUCCAGGUGGCCCGCAUUGCCUACUGCACCGCCGACCACAACGUGAGCCCUGACAUCUUCGCCUGGGUUUACAGGGAGAUUAAUGACGACCUGUCCUACCAGAUGGACUGCCACGCUGUCGAGUGCGAGAGCAAGCUGGAGGCCAAGAAGCUGGCCCAUGCCAUGAUGGAGGCCUUCAAGAAGACUUUCCACAGUAUGAAGAGCGACGGCCGGAUCCACAGGAACAGCUCCUCGGAAGAGGUGUCCCAGGAAUUGGAAUCCGAUGACGGCUGAGUGAACUGAGGACGCUUCAGCAAAGGCAGCAUUGGUCAAGGAAUUCAAGACGAGUGAUGAAUAAGCAAUGAUUCAAAUUUGGGAUGAAAAGACUGCCAAAUGAUUGGCUGAUCAAGCUUUUUAAAUUCAGAAGAGCAAUUCUAAAUCUAAAGAAAUGUAUUAUUAAAGUAAUUACAUUGAAAUCUGCUGCUGCUGUGACUAUGAGGAAGGUGGGAGUGUGGCUGGGGAGGAAAGUUCUAGACUCUGUUCUUUUUCUUCUUUUUUUUUUUCUUCUCAUUUUCCAAUGCCUCCCUGUAGGUGCUCUCCAUGCUGAUUUUCAGUGCGCUCAGGCAAAUACACUGCGGCUGUUUAUUUGAUGGACCAUCCCAACUUGCCUUAUGAAACCCAACAAGAAUGUUAGAUGCCCCUAUAGGAUCCCUAGUUGUGUGGGGAGGUGGUGAGUGCUCUUGCUGGUGAGGAGGCCUCUGGACUAAAGGAGCACCUCAGGCUGAUCCUGAGAGCUCCUCUCCCCUGGCUGGCUUCAGAUUCUCUCCUCAGUAAGCAAAUCAGCACAGCCGUUAUUGAGCUUUACAACUAACAACCUGAUAGUUGGCAGUUAAUUCACAGUUAAAGGUAAUGCUUUUAUUACAUAAGUAUAUCAAGUAGUACCCUCUUAUUGUAUUCAUUUCACCUAUCUUCUUAGAAUACUUGCAACUACUAAUAGCCCCUUUCCUCCGCCUGCCCCAUCCUCCCUCUCUGCCCUUCCAGUCUGCGCCACCAUCCCCUACAGAGAUGCAGCCUCACCCUACACUGCAGGACACCAAAAGGGAAGAAAAUAACCAAGCAGAUGAAAGAAACAAUCAAACAAAGUGGGAGUUUCAAACUACCACCACCACCACAGAUAGUUUGGAAAAAGGGAAUGAGUUAUCAGCGACUGAAUAAGCUCCUCGUGGGCUGUCCUUUCUUCAACCCUGAUUUAUGGUAACUUAUUUAGUUGAUGGUCCUUUCUGAUGAACCUUUCAGGGCAAGCUUCAAAUCUGAGUUGGUAUCACUAAGGAAUCUUUGACCCAUCACUCAACACUACACUCGAGUAGGAAACAAAUGAUAUAAACCAGACUUAUCUAGAGAACCUCUGUCUAUUCUAAAGGGAAAUCUGACCUUCUUAUCUUCCAAUUGGAUUGAUCUCUUAGGGUCAGAGUUGCCAGUUUGUUCAGUAUUUCUAAUGAGAAAUUCUCACUAAGAGAGCCUGAGUUUUCUCAGUUUGAUGGAUCUUUAAAUAUCAUAAACGCAAAGAGUCAAUAUUGAAUGACAUUGAAAGUAUUGGCUAAAAUCCAUGCAUUUAAGGCUGAGAGCAGAUGACUAGUUUUCCAGGUAUUGCUCCUUUCUGAAAGUCUGUUUUGAAUCCUGGUUAUAAUUUUAGGGGCACUAGGACACCUUACAGAAGCCUUAAAUGAGAAUUUAUUGAAUCCAGAGAGCAGUGGUGUCGGCGUUUUGGUCUGUGUAUCUGUGUGCCCAUGUAUGCGUUUGUGUGUGUGUACGUGUGCCCCCGAGUGUGGGUCCAGUCUUAAGGCAUGUAGAAUAAGCAUGGAGUCAUAUUGAGGGGAAUGCACCUCUUGGAGAUAUGCUUGCUGCUUCACAACAAAUGUAAACUACUCUUUAGCAUAAAUGCAUUCAUUCUUCAAUAAAAAAUAUGUUUGCAUUAAUAAAGUUGAGGAGUUUCAUA